UACCAAUUGAUUUAAUACAUCAACUGAUAAUAUAUUAAUUAACUUAAUACAUCAAUCCCUAAGUUUUACACUGUAAAAGUUGCUUGUUGCUUUGUAAUUGUAAAGUUUGUUUGCUUGCACGCAAAUGAAAAAGAAAAAAGGAAAUCGCCAAAGGUAACAUAGCCUAGUGGUGAAACCACUGGUCCAAUUGAGCUCUGGAUGUGAGAGGUCCUGAGUUCGAUUCCCAGUGGCGCCACUUGAGCGUUCCCGGCGGCACCCUUGGUAUCGGAGGCAAAGCCUCCCCGAUGUUGGUAGCAGAAAGCCACGAUUAGUAUGCAGGUACCCCCAGUGGUUUAGUAGGCCCCGCUGUCGCUCAAGCGACACGUGGGGCUGAGGAUCCCUGGGUUAUCAAAUAAAAAAAAAAAAGAAAAAAGGAAAUCAAUUGUGGGGCUGGGGUGGCCAAACGACGGCGGAAUUGCCAUCGUGGCGGUGAAAGGAGGUUAGUUUACUUCUCAGGAUUCUGUAACUCCGGAGACACCGCUCCUUUCCCACAUUUGGUUUUUAGUUCCAACUCUAUUUCAUCGGUCUCGCCAUCUCAAAAUCCUUCCACUGCCCAGCUCUCUGUACUCCUCCCCGAUUACAGUCUCUCCUUCGACUGCUGAAUCGAUCGGACCAGAACCAUGGCGGAAAUACUCUCGUCUCUGAGGUCUUUAAUGGCUGCUCACUCUCCUCCUCUGGAUGCCUUGGUCGUUCCAUCUGAAGAUUAUCAUCAGAGCGAGUAUGUAUCUGCAAGGGAUACGAGGCGCGAAUUCGUUUCUGGUUUUACUGGAAGCGCUGGUUUGGCUCUUAUCACAAAGGAUGAGGCAAGGUUAUGGACAGAUGGGCGCUACUUUCUGCAGGCUGAGCAACAACUGAGCAAUGAGUGGACCCUUAUGCGAAUGGCCGAGGAUCCUGCUGUGGAUGUCUGGAUGGCUGAGAAUUUACCAGAGGAAGCUGCUGUUGGUGUCAAUCCAUGGUGUAUAUCAGCAGACACUGCUCACAGAUGGGAGUCUGCUUUUGCAAAGAAACAGCAGAAGCUAGUCCAAACUGCUACGGACUUAGUAGACGAGAUCUGGAAAAAUCGGCCAGCGGAUGAAGCAAAUCCAGUUGUUGUCCAGCCGCUGGAGUUUACUGGUUGUUCAGUUGCAGAAAAGCUGCAUGAUUUGAGGGGGAAGUUGAAAGCUUCAAAAGCUCGUGGUAUUAUUAUUACCACACUUGAUCAGGUUGCUUGGUUGUAUAAUAUUCGAGGAAGUGAUGUCCCAUACUGUCCAGUUGUUCAUGCAUUUGCCCUCGUAACUCUCAACUCUGCUUUCCUAUAUGUAGACAGAAGGAAGGUGUCUUCUGAGAUAAACUCGUAUAUGGAAGAGAAUGCUAUAGAAGUCCGGGACUAUACUGCAGUGAGCUCAGAUGUUGCACUGCUUGCAUCUGAUCAGCUUGACUCGACGAGUACUAUCAAUCGAAAGCCUAAGGCGGAGACAGUUGGAAAUGGUACAACUCAAGCGGAAGGAGCGGGGGUUGAUCUUGUGUGGGUUGACUCUUCCUCUUGCUCCUAUGCUUUGUAUUCAAAACUGAAUCUGGAGAAGGUGUUCCAGCAACAGUCACCUUUGGCCCUUGCAAAAGCACUGAAGAACCCGGUUGAGUUGGGUGGCUUGAGAAAGGCUCACAUACGGGAUGGUGCUGCUGUCGUACAAUAUCUUGUCUGGUUGGAUAAGCAGAUGCAAGAUAUGUAUGGGGCUUCUGGUUACUUCUUGGAAGGGGAGACAGACAAGAAGAAAAAGGAUUUGAGAACUACAAAACUCACAGAGGUGACAGUUAGCGACAAGCUAGAGAGCUUUAGGGCAUCAAAAGAGCAUUUUAGAGGAUUGAGUUUCCCUACGAUCUCUUCAGUUGGUCCAAAUGCAGCAAUCAUCCAUUAUGGGCCUCAGCCUGAGACAUGUGCUGAAGUCGACCCAGAUAGGAUCUAUCUGUUUGAUUCUGGAGCACAGUAUUUGGAUGGCACAACUGACAUAACGAGGACAGUACAUUUUGGCAUCCCAUCUACACAUGAGAAAGCGUGCUACACUGCUGUUCUUAAGGGUCAUAUUGCUCUGGGUAAUGCGAGGUUUCCUAAUGGAACCAAUGGUCACACCCUUGACAUUCUUGCUCGAAUUCCUUUGUGGAAAAGCGGUCUUGAUUAUAGGCACGGUACUGGCCAUGGAAUCGGAUCGUUUCUAUUUGUUCAUGAAGGUCCUCAUCUAAUCAGUUUUAGGCCAUCAGCUCGCAACGUUCCAAUCCAAGCUUCCAUGACAGUAACAGAUGAACCUGGAUACUACGAGGAUGGCAACUUCGGCAUAAGAUUGGAGAAUGUGCUUGUAGUCAACGAAGCCGACACCAAAUUCAAUUUUGGUGACAAGGGCUACUUGGAAUUUGAGCACAUAACAUGGGCACCAUAUCAGAGAAAGCUGAUUGAUGUCAGCCUGCUUGUCCCUGAAGAGAUCGAAUGGCUGAACACGUACCACUCGAGAUGCAGCGAGAUUCUUGCACCGUAUUUGAAUGAAAACGAGAGAUCAUGGCUGAGCACAGCUACCGAACCUGUGACCGUUGCUUGAGUUACGGAUUGGAACCGCGACUCCAUGACCAUCCCAAACAAUGAAACAUUUGCUAGAUGGUUAUUGUAAUCGGUAUACUCUUAGCCUGGUCGUCGUUCCUGCCUUCCUAGUCUCUGUGAAUACAACGAAACCCUAAAUUUUCCGUUGACUUGAGUCGUACAUGAAAAGCAGACCAGCGGCGUGGCCCUGAGGCUGGCGGCAUUUCCUGUUGCUCUCUUUGACGCAGCCUAGCAGCAGGGUCCAAAUGCGAAAUGUCCAUUACAGUAAAUUACAGUUUAGUAACUAAAAUUUUCACAUUUUAUAAUCCGAUACUUAUAUUUUAAUUUUUAUACAUUGGGAAAUUACAUUUUUGUACCUAAAAUCUUUAAUUAUAACAUUUAGUUUGUACUUUAUCAUAUUGAUCGAAGUAAACCAUUUGUGGAACUGUGAUAACAAAUUCAAGCCGCUCCCAUCCCAUUCAUAUGGUUCAUUCUCCAAUCCGUUGACAUUGUUAACAUCGAGGAUGCAUCAGAAAGAAUUAACAAAGGGAUUGGGUUUCGUUCCAUGCAUGUGAUUUAUCUAAGACGUGAAUUUUUAUUAUGUUAUUAACUUAUAAUGAAUCAAUGUCGACGGACGUAGCUAGCCGCCCCUGUCCUUUUCCGAGACUUCACCUUCAUCUCCGUCUACGUUGUCAUCCCCCAAGCAAGCUAGCCACUUGUUGCAAUGGCCGACGUCUAGCUAUGCAAAAUUCAUUGGAGGAGUUCAUCUUUUACCUUCUUACCGUCGACCUUAUCAUGUUCGACGAUACGUCAUUCAGAAUAUAAUUUGGUUGUUGCUUGUCGCCCCUAUAUUAUCACUAAAAAUUAGUCGGUGUAAUUUAAAGAGCUAGCGAUCUCCUGUUCAAGUCAAAAUUGCUGGACAUUAGAUAAGAUAAAAUACAUGUAUGUAUUCAUCAUGCCGUUAUCGAUUGCACAUCACUGGCAUGCAGUGGCUUAGGGGAGCAGGGGCGGUGGCCGCCCGAUUGCCUAGUACGUACGUAGAGCGUGGCGGAUCCAGAACAGGAUAGAGCACUGGGCUGCAUUUAAAAAAUGGUGUAGAGGGUUGGGUUGUAACCCUAUAAACAUUGAAAUAUAUGCUCAAAAUCGAAAAUUUACGAGCUUUGGAUCCGGAGAGGGCUGGACCGUGACUCGAGGGCGGCCCCUCUAGAUCCGUCGCUGCGUAAGUAGUUUUAUAUAGGGAGUCAACGGUACCCGGCCUUCCCUAAUGAACACUUGUUCAAUAAGGCCGCAUUGGUACUUGCUUACGAGAUGUUAUGAUGAUGGCCAUAAGUGAGGUGAGCUGGUGACUUUUGCAGCUUGAUUUAGUCUCCUUCAGAAUCAGAACUACCGAAAUCUAUUGCCCAAACAUAAUCCAGAUUGGGAGAGGAAGAAACAUAUUGACAAUUUCAUAUUUGAGGGUUCCGAGGGAGAGGCAGAAAUAGAUUGCGAGAGGUGGGAAGAAGUUCUUGCACAAAAGCGCAAGGGGAUAAGUUUGGAAGAAACAUAAAGGGGGCAAUCGAAU